UUGCAUUCGACCAACCAAAGCACUACUCUUUUGGAAGAGGCAUCAAGGUUGGACAUGCCCUUAACCACAAUCGAUUUACCUACCGUUUUUGCCGAUCUGGCCCCCAUUCCCCAGCAGGACGGCCCACACGCGGUAUGUCGGAUCGAUUAUCCACCCGAUUUUACGCUCGCGUACGAUUACAUGCGAGCACUUUGGAAAGCAGACGAACGAUCCCGACGAGCUCUUGAUUUGACAACACUGUGUCUUGAAUUAAAUCCAGCCAACUAUACCGUUUGGCAUUUCCGACGCUUGUGUUUGGAAGCUUUGAAUUUACGUAACGACCAAACGCAAAUCGGCGUAGAUCUAGCGUUGGCCGCCGACUUGGGAGGAUCCAAUCCCAAGAAUUACCAAAUCUGGUACCACCGCCGUGCUUUAUUGGAAAAGCUUGAUAACCCGAAGAUCUUGCGCGAUUAUUGUCACCAAGAGCUGUCCUAUAUUGCGUCGGUGAUCGUGAAGGACGGCAAAAACUAUCACGCGUGGUCACACCGACAAUGGAUUCUGCGGACCUUGAACGACGACACUGCUUGGACAGACGAAGUUUUGUACACGGAAUAUCUUAUCGAUGAAGAUUUGCGCAAUAACUCAGCCUGGAACGGUCGGUGGUUUGCCGUUCACCGGGGACAAAAGGAGCUUCUCUCUGUGGAGACCGACGGUCCGGCGCAGGCUGACUACGCAAUUAAGAUCGCGAGACUUGAUCCGUACAACGAAAGCCCAUGGCGCUUCCUAAUCGCUGUAUUGAAUGAGCAGCGACCGCAGCUUUCUCAUGAUCAAUUUAUUGAGCUCGUGGAGAGCUACCUGGGGCGCAUUCUUGAAAUCCAAGAAAACGUUGUGGAGCCAUCCGGCAAAGGCCCCUGUCCAAACUUGCUCUCCGCACAAGUUGAUUUGCUAGAGUGGAUGAGCGACGGUUCUUCAAAAACGAAAGCAUUAGACUAUUUAGAAGAGCUGAAAACCCACGAUCCGAUACGUAAGCGAUACUGGGCGAUGCGUCAACAACAGAUUCAAGCUUUGUAA